AUGCCUUCAACUCUCACACUUGCCUGGCUGUGGUCCAGCUGCUGGGGUCUCUGGGGGAUGGUCAGCGCGCAAGGUCUGCCUCAGGUCGACUUGGGAUACCAAAUCCAGCAAGCGUCUUCUUUCAACUCUACAGGUCAAGUCUACAACUUCAGCAACAUCCGCUUCGCCCAGCCACCGGUGGGUAAACUUCGUUUUGCCGCUCCUGUUCCUCCGACGGGUCGCAACACGACGGUACAAGACGGCAGUGUCGGCGCCAUCUGCCCUCAAGCCGAUCCAGACUGGCUCCCCAUCGCGGAGGCAUUUACCACCGCCUUCGCGGAAGGAAAGCCAUUCAACUACAGCGCGGUCGUCGCCCAGCUCCAAGCCAACCCGCCAGCGCCAUCUCCGCCCGACCCAAGGGUGAAGGAGGACUGCCUGUUCCUCGACGUGUUUACUCCAAAGUCUGUGUUUGACAAGGCUCAAAAUAAGACGAAUGGAUUCAACGGCGUUCCCGUGCUUGUCUGGAUAUAUGGAGGCGGGUAUACGGCCGGCCAGAAGGCUGGAUCCGGCAAUCCGGCCGGUCUCAUUCACACCAGCCAGGCCAACGGAUCAGAUGGAAUUGUGUUCGUCGAGUUGAACUACAGACUCGGAGCAUUCGGCUGGCUCUCUGGACCCACGCUCGAAGCCGCCGAGGGCGGCGUGUCGAAUGCUGGUCUGUACGAUCAACGACUCGCGCUCGAGUGGAUUCAGACCAACAUCCAUUUGUUUGGAGGAGACCCAAACCGCGUCACCAUCAUGGGCGAGUCUGCCGGCGGCGGAUCAGUCAUUCACCAGAUGACCGCCUAUGGCGGAUUGAAGCCGGUGCCGUUCCAGCAGGCAAUCCCCCAGUCGGGCGCCUGGCUCCCGGUCUCGAGCAACUUCCAGAAGGAAAACGUUACGCAGGCGUUCCUUGCCCUGUGCAACGUGACGUCGAUCGAGGCGGCGCGCAACCUGUCGUCCGCGGCCGUGAUGGCGGCCAACGCCCUACAAAUCGGCAUGUCCAAUUACGGUGGGUUCACCUACGGACCCGUGGUCGACGGCAACUUCGUGCCCGACCAGCCCGGCCGGCUGCUGGCACGGGGCCAGUUCGCUAACACGCUCAAGGUGCUGGCCGGCCACAACACCAACGAGGGCCCCCUGUUCAGCGACCCGCGGCUGCGCACCAACGCCGACGAGGCCACCUGGCUGCGGCUCUCGCUGCCGGACAUUUCCGACUCGAUGGUGGAUUAUUUGCUGAAUACGCUGUACCCGGCCACGUACGACGGGUCGAUGCCGUACAGCACGGCGACGGAGCGCGCGACGCUGAUCGUUCAAGAGGGCUUCUUCACGUGCAACGUCAACUUCCUAGGUAAGGCCUACGGCGCCAACGUGUCCGAGUACCAGUUCGCGGUGCCGCCGGCCCUACACGGCCAGGACGUGCCGUACACGUUCUUCAACGGCGUGGUUAACGGCACGGGCGUGGUGGCCUCCGUCGCCCAGGAGUUGCAGCGGUAUAUCAUCGACUUCGUCCAGACCGGCAGCGCCAACGGGACCGGUGUGCCAGUCUUUCCGCUCUACGGGCCCAAAUCGGUGGAGACGGUCCUCAAUGUUACCGGCAUCACACACAUGACGGACCCGGACGCCAAUCGCCGCUGCGCCUGGUGGCAGACCGCGUUAUACUAUUAG